AUGGCAGGACAGGUCCAUCGACGUAAUCAGAGGCAAUUUCUUCCUCGCGAACGACAAACUCGAAAAACCCCGAAAGCCUCAGACCUUGAAGGCCUAUAUAAUAUCCCUUAAGUUGUUUUUUCAGUUUCUGCUUGCAAGAUCAGAGACUGUAAAACGAUUCAUUAAAUUGGAAAACCGCGAUCUCGAGCUCGUCAGAGCAGCGUUGGCGAGAGUUGAAGCCUGGGCCCCGAACUACAAGGUCGCCUCAGCAAAAAGGAGGAUGGAGGUGAAAGAAAAGGGUGAAGAAGAGCUUCUUUCUCCUGAGGAGUUCAAAAGCUUAAAUGAUGGGCAUGUCGCAAACGAAAUAAAAAAGUUGUUCCAGGUCGCUAAAAAAAAGCCUGAAGCCAUUUCUCAAAAAGAUUUUUCCAGAAUGAGGGAUUAUGUAAUUCUUCACGUAACUAUGGGGAGUGGUCAGCGAUAUGGUGCCAUUGCGAACUUGAGUGUGAAAGAUUUCAAGCAGGCAGAGAGGAUUAGCGGCGAUGGCGAGGACGAGUUGUAUCGCACCAAGACCAUACGACACAAAACUGGAUCGAUUGGGCCUGCCAAAUUGUUUUGGCAUAAAGAUGUAAAGGAAAUGGCAGAAAUUUACCUCAAAGGUCUCCGGCCAGUCUACGCGAACGAACAGUCCGUUGUUGCAGCAAAGCCAGGGGUUGAACCUGAGCAAGCAAUGUUCAUUACGAUUAAUGGGAAGGCUAUGAACGAAAGCGUGAUCAGCACUGCCAUUACACGCCUGGGGAAGAGCAUGAACGAUCAAAUUCAAGGGAACCUGAUCCAAUCCAGACUCAGGAAGUCGAUCAUAUCCACCCACAGGAAAGUCGGUAGCACCAUUAGCAAGGAGCUGAUGGCAUCCCAAAUGACUCACUCCGUGAAGACAGCCGACCAAUAUUAUGAUGUGAGGAACACUGAUCGAGUAGACAGCGAGAUGGCAGAGUUCCUCCGUCAAAUAACUUCAGGGGGUGAAAAUCAGAGCAAGGAAUCCUCUAGUUGUCCUGCAGCGGAGUGCUCAGAAGAGCCCAAAACAUCAAUGGUAAAGUACACUGAUAAUUCGGAUUAACUGCUUUCUCCCUUCCGCUCUUUACACUCACAAUUAAUCCACAUUAAAAG